AUGUAUGUAGAGCCUCAUCACAACGAAGACCUGACAUCUCAGCAAAGCACCACGAUCAAGUACACCUACCUCUCGAUUUCGGGUUCAUACGUGCCCUUCGCGAAGGUCUUCGAAUCCAUCUUCUUCCGCAUCCUGCAUUUCACUGGCGUAGCAGAGCCGCGCAGCACAGCGACCGAGGAAGAUGUAAAGUAUUUCAUACAAGAGUAUACGAAGUGUGAAGUCCGACCGGGCGCAAAGGAAUGUGUGGACAUAAUGAAGAAGGCUGGCUGGACAGUCUGGGCGUUCACUAGUGGAGACCGGCCAAGAGUCAUGGGCUACUUCGAAAGAGGCAACAUUGACAUCGACAACGAGCAUAUUGUAACGUGUGACGACGUUGGUGUGGGAAAACCGGAUCUCAAGGCGUACGAGAAGCUGAUAGGAAAGAUUGGUGUUGACAGCAAAGCUGGUGAUCUUUGGUUCGCGGCUGCACACGGUUGGGAUGUAAGCGCAGCGGGUAGGGCAGGGUUCAAGACAGCAUAUUGCUUGGUGUUGGAGAAGGAGGCAUUAGACGAUGUGUUUGGCAAGAUGGACGUUGUGGCUGCAACGCUGCCCGAACUUGCAGAAAAGGUGACUUCACUGUAA